AUUGAGUUGAGUUUAUGAUGAAAUUAAGGAAUAACCUUAAAAAACCAACAAAGUUAAACCUCGUAGUCCUAAAACACUACUAUAAAUGGAGAUGCAAGUGAAGAUCUUAUUUACUCAUCUGGCCAACAAUUUUUGACAAUGAAGGCCUAUCUAUGGAAACAAUUCUCCACAAAUUUUUCUUGAAAAUCCAACUGAAAUCAACAUCGUUGAUUCCUUUGUCCCAGAAUCGAAUUUGCUGAUCACACACAUAUAAGAUUCCUCUCACAAACUCACCACCACAAAUACUCACAAUAUCCAUCUCUAUCUUUAUUGAUUUUUCCGAGUCAAAAAAGUGAGGUGAAGAAGAAGACAUGUUUUCUAUUCCAAGUUUGUAUGAUAUGGGGACGUGUUCGGAUUCAUACGACAUUGUGGGAAUGCUGAGUUCGCCCACAAACUCCGACAAUCCAAACCUCAGCCCAAGAUCCAUGGCGGAAGCCAAAGCAGUCGCCGCCAGCAUCAGCCACAAGGAAGCGGAGCGCCGCCGCCGCAAGAGAAUCAACGGCCACAUCGCCACCCUGAAAUCCAUGCUCCCCAACACCAUCAAGACGGACAAGGCGUCCCUGCUGGGAGAAGCCGUGAGGCGCGUGAAGGAGCUGAAGAAGAGCGCGGCGGAGCUGGAGGAGGGGCCGAGCGAGGCGGACGAGCUGAAGGUGUGGCAGUGCGAGAAGACGGGACUGAUGAAGGCGGCAUUGUCGUGCGACGACAGGCCGGAGAUAAUCGUGGACAUGAUAGAGGCACUGAAGGCGGCGGAGGCGAAGGUGGUGAGAGCGGAGAUGUCGACGGUGGGGGGGAGAACCAAGAGCGUGCUGUGGGUAACCCAAAACGACGCCGGAUUGGGCCCGCUGAGGCGGGCGCUGAAAAUGGUCAUGGACAAGUCGACGUUGGAGGCGAGUUCGGGACAGGGAUUGCCGGCCACCAAACGCCCCCGUUACUAUCACUUGUGAACCACCUUCUUCCUUUUUGCUGGGCCCGCCACUGGACAUGUUGUUUUCCAUCACAAACCCAAUCAUCAUUCAUCAUCUAUGUAACUCUUCCCAUCCACUUUUUUGCUCUCGCUAAAUCUACUAAUAUUCAUAUACAAAAUUAAACCACCUAUACUUUGUUUUUUUUAAUUAUGUUAUUUGGUUUGUAAAGUUGGAAACUCUAGCUAUUUCUGGAAUGGGAUCCUGUGAUAUUCAGAUUCCUUGAUGAUUUUUUAGAUGAUAUAUCUAUAUAUUUUUGGAGGGAAAAA